AUGAUGGAGUAUCAAUUAUUUAAAUCAAUUAUAAAUAAUGUUUUUAUUAGACAAAAGAUAUUUCAAUCAAUUAGAUGGAUACAUUUAGCAUGUAGAAUUGAUUAUAGUAUUAUAAAAAAUCAUAAAAGAUUACUUAAACAACAACAACAACAAAAGAAUAGAACAGUUGAUAAACUUUACAACUAUGCAUAUAAUCCAAUAAGUGGUAAAGAAUUGGAAGAUGAAAUGUCAUUAUAUCAAUUCAUAUUGUAUGAUAGAGCAGAUCUAUUUUUAAAAUAUGCAGAUCUUUUAAAAGACCCAAUGUAUAGUGGAAAAGGUUUAGAUAUUAGAAUGGUAAAUGAAGAUAUCAAAGAUCUAGUCAAUCAAUUUGGUUUAAAACUUCUUUGGGAAACUGCAUUUCGACUUUCAUCAGACCCAUCCAUUCUAAACUACCUAAUUACAAACUAUUUUAAAAAAGAUUACAAUAGUUUACACAAUCUUUUAAAAUCAAAUCAUUAUUAUAAAUAUAGAAUCUAUAAUAAUAAUAAUAAUAAUAAUGAUAUUUCAGCAACAAAUAGAUUAAAUAUGAAAAAAUUAAUAGAAUAUAUAAAAUUUAUAAUAUCACUUCAACUAUCAAUCAAUAUGUUUAGACCUUUAAAAUCAAGUCAUAAAUUUAUAAAAUUAAUAUUUAAAUAUGAAACAAUAAGAAUAACAAUAAUCAAUCAAAUUAAAUCAUUCAAUCCAUAUAAUGAAAUUGAAAUGGAGAGUGAUGAAAAACAAAUCAUUCAAACAAUUGAAUUAUUGUGGCAAUAUAGAAUUUGUAAUAUUAAUUGGAAAGAUUUAAUAUUUCAAUCAAUGAAAUAUUCAAAACUAAAAGUGAUUGAUUAUAUUUUAUUAAAACGUGGAAAUAGUAUUAUUGCAUCUGGUCAUUUAAAUUGGUCAAUUUGGAAUAGCAACAUGGAAAUGAUCAAUUAUUUAUUCAUUAAAAAUAAUAAUCUUCAACCAAAUAAUUAUACAUUAAAUUCAGCUUUAAAUCCAAAAUCAACAUCCAACUUGGAAUUAAAUUUAUCAAUUUUAAAAUUUAUAAUUGAUAAAUUUAAAUUUAAAAAUAAUAGUUGGAUAGUUAAAUCAAUUCAUCCAAAAUUACAAUCAAUAGAAAUAUUAGAAAUCGUUUCAAAAAAGAACAUUUCUUCUUCUUUUAAAUUAAUUGGCUCAUUCAUAUUAAAUAAUAAUAUUGAAAUGAUUAAAAAAUUUACUAUUAUGGUCAAGGAUGAAAAUAGAUUUAUAAAUUAUUCAAAUGCAUUUAAUAUUUGUUUAAAAAUUGGUUCAAUUAAAAUGUUGGAGAGUAUUUUACAAUUACAACAAGAACAAAAUAGAUUAGGUUCACCAAAAAAACGAUUCAUUCUCGAUUAUGUUAUUGGUCAAGAUGAAAACCACUCUGUUCAAUUAUACAUUACAAUGAUAAAGAAAAUAAUAGUUGGAAAUAUUAUAAUCAAGAUUAAAAGUCUUGAUAUUAUUUCAAAAUUAUUGACACAUCAAGAUCAAUCAAUUUGGAAAUUAUUUUUAGAAUUUAAAAUUUGUAAAAGAAUCAAAAAAAAUAAUAUUGGUAAAAUAUUAUCAUAUUGUCAAUCAACAGAGAUAUUGGAAACAAUAAUUAAUUUAUUUAGACCAAAAGUAACAGAUUGGAAACGUACUCUACUUGUUUCAACAAAAAAUUUAAAUUUGGAAAUAUUUAAAAAAGUAUUACCAAUUAUAUUUAUUACUGGUUAUACUGGUGCACCAUGUUUACUUGGUCCAAUUCAUCAAACUCUUAUAGAUAUUAUAGAAUGGUCUUAUCGUAUGGAUUAUUUAAAUGAUGAAAAGGAGAAUAAUACAUAUCAAAUCGUUAGAAUGAAAACAAUGGAAUUUUUAAAAUGUGUAUUUGAAUUUUCAAAAUUUAAACAUUGGAAUUCAAAUACUAUUUAUAUUUCACCAAUCAUCAUAAAUCAACAAAAAGAAAUGUCUACUGGAUCAAUUUUAUCAUUUUUUAAAGAUUGUAAAUGUUUAUAUCAUACAAGGAAUUUAUCAGAAACUUUAAUAUCAAAACGUAGAGAUCAACAUUUGGAUAAUUGUGCAAGUUAUUCAAUCAUGGAAAUAAUCAAAGAUAAUAAUAUUGAAAAAUUUAUUCUCUCAACUAGACAUGGUUCAAUUACAAAUUAUCAUCUUAAUCUUGCCUAUUUAUAUGGUUCAUUUAAAAUUUUAAAUUUUAUUUUAAAUACAUUUAGAAAAGAAAAAUAA